AUGAGUGCUCGACGUGGGUACCUGAGUAGGCCAGUCGGGCCCCGCCGCCGGCAUGGUCAGGGCAGGGGAACAAAGGGGCCAAGCCGGGGAGCUGGCCCUCCGGACGACCAGAAGCGCUCCCGCCUACCCUUCGCGCAGAUUCUUACCCCGGCUGGUCCUCCUAAACCGCUCCGGUCCAGCUCCAAGAAGGCCGCGGGCAGAGCCAGGCCCGACCGCGGCUCUCGAGUUCCCAGGAAGCCGCAGGCCGCGCAGGUCGAGCCGGGCAGGCGGCACAGGAAAAGCCGCUUCUCGUCCCUCCCCUUCCUCCGCGGGGACCUGGUGACAGGGAGGGGAGAGGUUCCCCUGAGCGGCGGCAGCCAGAGCAGGUUCAGUCCCCAGCACGCGGCUCCUCAGGCCCUGCAAUUCAGAGGAAGGCCCGCGCUGUGCUGCCGGCGGCUGUGGCGGGGGGAGGCCGCGUCCAUCGCGAUCCGGGAGGGGGAAGGGAGGAGGGUCGAGCGAGUGCCGGGCGAGGAAGCUGCCGAGGGCAGGCGAGCCCGGAGGAGGCGGAGCGAAUCUGCCCAGCCGGCGGCGACCCCACGAGCCGCCACCUGGGGCGCUGCGGAGGGGCCAACGGGGGCGCCCGGCUGCCCGGCGCUCUCACCCCGCGGCCUCGGCUGUCUACUGUGGCUCUCCUAUGGUCCGCCCUGGCACCCUUCUCCCUUCGCUGUCAAUCUGAGCGCGCCCCAGCACCCCGCGCACACUCGUGCACGCACGUUCGCCUUGCUUUGCACGGUGUCUAGCACUUCGCGUGCUCCUGCCGUAGGCCCCCGCGUAGUACGGCAGGGCUGCGGCCCAACCCGUCCUCGCCACGGCUCCCGCUCAAGCGACCCGCACCCGGCCAGGAGCUUCCCUGGCCCCGCCACCCGUCCCCGCGCACGGAAAUGAGAGAACUGAGGCUCCAAGAAAGCGAGAAUUCAGGCCCGAUGGCGUCCCCAGUAAGCAGCAGCAGAGGUGGACUUUCGUCUCCCAUUUCCUGUGGCUUGUGGUCAUAAGAGAGGGAGACCAAGGCCUGCAAAGAUUAAGUAAUCUUCAAAGUCAUACAUCUAGCAAACAAUGAGAGACAAGCUUUGAACCCAGAAAGCCUGACUGCAGAAUCUCCUAUGUAUCUCUGCUAUCUCUUUGAGUUAAGUGAUUUUUUUCCCUGAUGUCAAGAUAUAAAAAACUGUGCCGAGCAUGGUGGUACACACCUAUAAUCCCCACAAUUUGGUAGGCUGAGACAGGAGAAUCAAAUUCAAGACCAGGCUUAGUAGUUUAGCAAGGCUGUAAGCAACUUGGUGAGACCCUGUCUCAAAAUAAAAAAGCUUGGGGAUGUUACUCAGUGGUAACUCACCCCUGGGUUCAAUCCCCAGUAUCCCAAAAAAAAGAAAAAAGAAAGGAAGGAAGAACACACUAUGAGGAAUUGAGCCUACAGAAAUUAUAGUAUGAGUGCAAGAAAAUCAAUAUAGCAGGAUGCUUAUUGCAAUAUUUUUGUACUCAUAAAAUAUUGAAAACAACCUGUAUGUCCAGUCAAUGGCAGAGUGAACAAAUGAAGUACAGGACAUUUGUCAAUCCAUUUAGUUGUUUAAAAAAAAAAAAAAAACUGACUUAGAAAAAUGACAAUGUCUUAAAACUAGAAUAGAAAGUUGCAGAAUCAUAA